UCUGAUUCUCAGCAACGACCAAUCAAGCAAACUUUGAGUUCUUCACUGUGCAGAAAAUCUCACUGGAAGUGUCUCCUCCUCUCACUUCUGAUAUAUAGCUGCCUGGGGACUAUAGCUUGGUGCCAACUCACUCAAGUCACUAAGCUCAGUUUUGAUAGUUCUUUCAAAGGCAAGUCUAUGAUUUACCAUGACAGUCCUUGCUCAGAUGGCUAUGUGUACAUUCCAUUAGCAUUCCUUGCUAUUUUUUAUGUAGUCUACUUGGUGGAGUGUUGGCACUGUCGUACAAAAAGUGAACUUCAAUACAAAGCUGAUGUGGAAAGUGUCUAUGAUCGAAUUGCCAGAAUGAAACAGGCCACACCAUGUAUAUGGUGGAAAGCCAUAAGCUACCACUUUGUCCGACGAACAAGGCAGGUGACUCGGUAUCGCAACGGUGAUGCUUAUACAACUACCCAGGUUUACCAUGAGAGAGUCAAUACCCAUGUGGCCGAAGCAGAAUUUGACUAUUCUCAUUGUGGAUUCAAAGACAUCUCUAAGGAACUCAUGGGCCUGGAAUGGUAUUCCACCACAAAGUUAAAGUUCACUAAAUGUUUUAGUUUUGCCAACACAGAGUCUGAGAACUCUUACUUGGCACAGAGAGCUCAUUUCUUCACAGAGAUAGAAGGGCUGGAUGAUUACAUGGAGGUUAGAGAAGGCAUGAAACUCAAAAAUAUAGACUUCAAAGAAAUAAUGAUGGCUUACGGAGACCCAAAUCAUCUUCCCUGGUACAUAUCCCAUUAUGCUUUCUGGGUGGCUGCUUUGAUGAUGAUUUCAUGGCCAUUGAGAGUCUUCAUAGAGUAUCAGACUGCACAUGUACACUACCAUGUGGAGAAACUUGUUGGUGUGGAGUACAGCAUUCCCCCUGUGGCAGAGGAGCCCCUAUACAGAUACCGAAUCCCUCGGGUAAGCACUCAGGACAGCGCUGAGCUCGAGUGGCACAUCUGCACCAAUCGCCAGGUGAUUCCCAGCUACUCAGAAGCCAUGCUCGCGGACCUGAUCCAAUCUCCCAUAUGCAACAGCUACUCCAUUCGCAGAUACAGUGAAAUUACUCGUGGCUGUGAGACUUGCUAUCAUGCCUCUAGUACCUGCUCUGUCUUUUCACACCACAAUUGCAGUGCACACUCACAGCUCUCUCUGAACACUAGCCGCUUCUCCUUAUGCCAGCUUCAUGGUUCUCACAGGACAGGACUCUGGAGAAGUCACAGCAGCAGCAUCACUGACCGUGGUUGCCAGGAUGACCAGUGGUGCUCCCAUUCUAGCCAGUUGGUUAUCAAUGAAAACCCACCCACUUACCAUGAUGCUCGUUUUUUCCCAGUACUAAUUGUGCAUAGGCCAGAGGGUCAGGAAAGGAGGCACUUCUGUCUCCGCCAUGCUUCCCAUCUGGAGACCUCACUCUGA